AUGGAUGGCCAGGUAGUUCAGCAGCUUCUGCAACAGAGCCUGUGUCAGCAGCCGACGAGCUGGACGCACACACGACAGCGUCCCAGCUGGAGGCUCAAACGCCUUCGGGAGAUCUGUUCGCCUGCAGCCGCGAGCCCUGCAACACCAACUCUCACACACGUGGACCACACCGAAGGUGACUCGCACGAAGCGGCGGAGAACCGGUUGCCACGAUCACAAGCGAUCGUGCGCACAGAUAAAAGUUACUCGUUACCUACGAAUGGAAAUGAUGUUACGGAAGCAACAACCGGUGGUAGAGGCAGUGCUCAUGGUCUGAACGGAAACGGGCAAACCGUCUUUUCGGUAACGGCCGAAACAGAUUCCGGUAGCCGAUACAAGGAACGUUCGGGUUACGAGUUUAAUUGCCAUGCCUGCCAUCGGCAAGAGACUGCAGUAAAAUAUGCUGAAAGUAACAAACAUGUCCUCUUCAUAACCGAAGAGCGUAUUAAAAACGUAACACCAGACUUUCUCAGAAACUACAACAACGCGGUUUAUCGGAAGUUGAAGUUUAUAUAUUCUAAAUCAUCAGCGGCCAUUCUACUGAAAUUAAACGAGGUUCAAGGAUGGAAUUUUACUCCGAGCUUGGUGAUAGUUGAAGCAAUACAAAAACAUAGACGACAUAACACAAGCCAAUCACCAGACGAUGCCAUUUACUAUUACAGCACCUUUGUGGCCAGCAUAUUCGACGCGGUGGAAACCUUUUCUCGAAGGCUUCAGGGCCGAUGCCAAUGCAUCCUAACUAUUUCCCAGGGAUGUUUUGAUGAUAAUUUACCCCAUGAAUUGUUUUUUCAACAGGGCAACAUUUUUUCGGAAAGCGUGUUGAAUUCGAGCCAGGACGUGCUCGACAUUCUUCGAGAAUCAUUGGCACUUGGUUAAAGCUUAAAUAAAGAAGCUGAUAUUUUUAUUGGAAUAUCUUAAAAUCUUACUAUAGAUUGGUCCUGAUGUAGAAUAAAUUAAGUGUUUCUCAAA